AUGACCACCACUGUUACCCUCGACUCUCUGAAGUCUUCGGACACCGCCCUUCCAAACAUCGUGCAGUCGCUCAGUAACCAAGUCCUUGCAGACGAGUCGAAAGCAGAUGACCUAGUAUGGGAGACUUGGAACUCUCUCUUCGCCGUCGUGGCCAAGACCCCGCGCGAAGAGCAGGGGAGGCUCGUCAACUUCGUUGAUCUCCUGCGCAAGUCUCCAGUCAAGAAUGCGGCUGACCAGGAGGUAACUGUUGAGGGCGGUGCUUUGUGGGCAGACCUUCCUACCUUUGGGUGGGUUGCUCGAGACCUAUGGAACUGGGAUAUCCAUGACCCGGAAGCAACCCCCGAGGACCACCAAGACUGGGAUAAUAAGACCGCAUUUCUCGCGCGUCUCACUUCUCACGCAGACCUAAGCAACGAUGAGGAUCCUCUUGACUUUUCAAUUUUUGGGCUUUGGGCCCUGAGGAGUGCCUUUGAGGAGAAUCCAGAAAGCAGUACCACCAACAUUCCGGCGGUUAGAAAUGCGGCACUCUGGAUCAUCUACGCCGGUGAGGCCCUACGAAAGCUAGCAUCGGAGAAGAAGGAUAUGCCGGGAAACUCUGGAGUGGCGGGGAAUAGGUUUCCUCAGAAGACCUGGAAGGGAUUCAACGAAGAGCGGUGGAAUCUGUGGAAGGCGGGCUUUGAGGCGGCGGCGAAUUCCGUCGACGAAGCCAAGGAAGCCGCCAAAAUCAUACAAAAUUUGCAUUAA